UGUCCGCAGUCUCUGGUCAUCUCCUGUACUGUCCGCAGUCUCUGGUCAUCCCUGUACUGUCCGCAGUCUCUGGUCAUCCCUGUACUGUGUCCGCAGUCUCUGGUCAUCCCUGUACUGUCCGCAGUCUCUGGUCAUCCCCUGUACUGUCCGCAGUCUCUGUCUCUGGUCAUCUCCUGUACUGUGUCCGCAGUCUCUGGUCAUCUCCUGUACUGUGUCCGCAGUCUCUGGUCAUCUCCUGUACCGUGUCCGCAGUCUCUGGUCAUAUCCUGUACCGUGUCCGCAGUCUCUGGUCAUCCCUGUACUGUGUCCGCAGUCUCUGGUCAUCCCUGUACUAUGUCCGCAGUCUCUGGUCAUCCCUGUACUAUGUCCGCAGUCUCUGGUCAUCUCCUGUACUGUGUCCGCAGUCUCUGGUCAUCCCUGUACUGUGUCCGCAGUCUCUGGUCAUCUCCUGUACUGUGUCCGCAGUCUCUGGUCAUCCCUGUACUGUGUCCGCAGUCUCUGGUCAUCCCUGUACUGUGUCCGCAGUCUCUGGUCAUCCCUGUACAGUGUCCGCAGUCUCUGGUCAUCCCUGUACUGUGUCCGCAGUCUCUGGUCAUCCCU